AACUCCAAACUAACAUGGCAGUCAGACUGUGUGAUGUGGCUUCUCUGCUUAGAAGUGGUUCGUGGGCAGCAGAGCCUUGGACUGGGGUCUGUGGGAUUUUUCUUAAAUUCUCAGGUAAUUGCUGCCAUGGAAACACAACUGUCUAAUGGACCAACUUGCAAUAACACAGCCAAUGGUCCAACCACCAUAAACAACAACUGCUCAUCGCCAGUUGACUCUGGGAACACAGAGGACAGCAAGACCAAUUUAAUAGUCAACUACCUUCCUCAAAACAUGACACAAGAAGAGCUGAAGAGUCUGUUUGGAAGCAUUGGGGAGAUAGAGUCCUGCAAGCUUGUAAGAGACAAAAUAACAGGACAGAGCUUGGGUUAUGGCUUUGUGAACUACAUUGACCCCAAGGAUGCUGAAAAGGCUAUCAACACGCUGAACGGAUUGAGGCUUCAAACCAAAACAAUAAAAGUUUCCUAUGCGCGACCAAGUUCAGCUUCUAUCAGAGAUGCAAAUUUGUACGUCAGUGGACUUCCAAAAACAAUGACCCAGAAGGAACUGGAGCAGCUCUUUUCUCAAUAUGGACGCAUUAUUACUUCUCGUAUUCUAGUUGACCAAGUCACUGGGGUAUCAAGAGGUGUAGGAUUCAUCCGAUUUGACAAGCGGAUUGAGGCAGAAGAAGCGAUCAAAGGUUUGAAUGGGCAGAAGCCUCCAGGUGCCACAGAGCCAAUCACCGUAAAGUUUGCUAACAAUCCAAGCCAAAAAACCAAUCAGGCCAUCCUUUCCCAGCUGUAUCAGUCUCCAAACAGAAGGUAUCCAGGACCUCUAGCUCAGCAGGCUCAACGCUUUAGGUUGGACAAUCUGCUCAAUAUGGCUUAUGGAGUAAAGAGGUUUUCACCAAUGACCAUUGAUGGAAUGACCAGUUUGGCCGGAAUUAAUAUCCCUGGACAUGCAGGAACAGGAUGGUGCAUUUUUGUGUACAAUUUGGCACCUGAUGCAGAUGAGAGCAUUCUGUGGCAAAUGUUUGGACCCUUCGGAGCAGUAACCAACGUGAAGGUCAUCCGUGACUUUAACACAAACAAGUGCAAAGGUUUUGGAUUUGUGACUAUGACAAACUAUGAUGAGGCAGCCAUGGCAAUAGCCAGCCUGAAUGGAUACCGUCUUGGGGACAGAGUCUUGCAGGUCUCCUUUAAAACAAACAAAACGCACAAAGCCUAAUGAGUUAUCCUCAAUCCAUUUAUAUAUGAAAACUAUACAACAAAGGCAAGUUAAGAGAAACUUUAUACAUUAGUCAAUGUCUUUGUAAGUCAGUGUUGAAAUGGGGAUAAAAUGACUACUUAGCAUCCUAAGAAUAUGUGAGAUUUUUUUAUUGCUAGUAUUUGAAUUAAAACUUCUUAAAUAUCUUUUAUGUUUGAAUAUGGACAAGAGGUACAGGGUUUUUACCUGUCACAAUGCAUUCUAUUGCCUUCUUUGAAGAAGGUGGACCUUUUAAAAUGUUUCAGCUAAGGGAAGAAGUUUCUUUUCUUUUUACAUAACUGCCUUGAACCUGUGAGUAAAUAUUGAGGCUUUGUGUUGUAAUCCCUAACUUGGUUGUUUUAUGUUGUGUUUUCCUGAUUAGCUUUGUGUUUAAUUUACAUUUAAUGCAUUGCUGUUUUGUCUGUUCAAGAAAAGUAUUUUGAAGUUUACAUUUUAUUUAUAAAGUUAUAAACAGUAUUUAUUUUGUAAUUAUGAUUUGGGUUGGGGAUGGGGGGUACAUUAUAAUAAAAGCUUAUUGUAAGAAUACUGGAGAACUUUUCGUAAAGCAGUACCUUGCCAAAGAGAUAAGAGCCUCUUUGAUGUGGGUUUAAAAAAAGCAUCUAUUUUUAUAAAAAAGAAAAAUUUGGAGAAACUUUUUACUGGUCCUGGAACAAAUAUUUUGACUUGAAUACUUUGAGAAAUCUCUUCAUAUGACACCUAGUGAGCUUUUAAAACUUACCAGGAAAUUUGCAAUGGUUGGGGGAAAAUUUAGAAAGAUUUAUGAUGUAGAAAUACUUUUGAGACCUUUGUAUUAAGAAGUAGAAUCAAUGGGAAACACUGUUGGUUUCAUUUUUGUAAUCAUCAGUGAAAUCUCUGAUCAUCCUGGUUAUUAUGUGAUAGGUGGCUCACAUUAAUUUGUGAUUUUGAAACAAAUGAAAAUUUAAAAAAAAAAUAUAUGAGCAGGCAAGAAAUUUAAAUUACCGAGAGAUGGGGGAAAAAAAAAUCUGUUCUUCCUAAAGAAUUCCCUUCAGAUAGAGCUCAUGGUGUUUAGUGAUG